AUGUUGGGAAAAGAACUUCUGGGAUCAGGUAGUUUUGGUAGAGUCUAUAAAUAUAAAGACAAAUUAAAUGGCGAUGUUUAUGCAAUUAAAGAUAUUAUAAUAUCAGAUGUCAAAAACAAAUUUUUAAAAGAAGUUAAUCAUUUAGGAAAACUUCAAUCAAUUUAUGUAGUGAAGUGUUAUGACAUAUGGACUGAAAAGAAAAGACUAUACAUUCAAAUGGAAUUAUGUACAAAAAGUCUUAAAGAUUUGUUAGAAGAAAAAGCAAUAGCAUUUCAACGACAACCAAAUCAAACUUUUGAUAGUUUUGAGUAUUUCAUAACAAGUCAUUUAAUGUUAGAGAUGUUCGAAUGCGUUGAAUAUCUGCAUACAAGUCAACCACCGGUUAUUCAUCGAGAUCUCAAACCGGCAAAUAUACUCAUCAAUGAUAAGCCAAUAGAUAAUCGAUUCCUUAAAUUAUGUGACUUUGGUUUGGCCACUCAUCACAACCGUAUGGGCUCUCAAUCGGAUACUCACACUAAUAAUGUCGGUACAGAUAAAUAUAUGGCACCUGAAGUAAAAAGCGGUAAUAAUUAUAAUGAAAAGAGUGAUAUCUAUAGUAUGGGGUUUAUACUAUUGGAUUUAUUUGAUAUCAACGAUAAUAUUGAUAUGGAGUAA